CAAGAGUGUACUUUUAAGCCAUGGGGAUUUCGGGAAGAACAUUAGUGAACUAAGAUUCUUGUUAUAAUAGUUCUGUGAGUUGUACUGAUUAGCAUUUGCUAAUUACAUAUUGCUGGAAAAUGAGAUCAUCUUCCCUCAUCCUUUGUGCACCAGUGUUUCUCCACAGGUAUAAAUCAAUGAAAAAUAUUUCAUACAGCCAGUAUCAGCCUUGUGUUCAUUCUGCACUAUUGUAACUUCUGAAAAUAUCGGUCAGCACUUUUACCUUGAGAAAUCUACGAUGCAGUAUUUUGUGUUGAUUUGUAUUUUAUUUGCAACUGCUUCUCAAAUUGCGGAAUGUCGCCCUCCUUCAAAUAGUGGCGGAAGUCCUUCUUCAGCACAAGCUGACUCCGCAGCUGCGGCCGAGGUUACAGGGUCCAAUCCUCCUCCUGCACCCCAGGUUGCCGACGGUGCGCCACAAAUUCAAGUUGUUUCUCCACCUGGAGCGCCAAACCCCCAAAUAACCGUCGUACACGCUCAACCAGAAAUCAUUUCCCCAGCACCAGGCAUGCCUCCACCUCAGCUGCAGCCCGUCGGUGGCGCAGGAUUCAUAAAUUUUGGCAGAAGACCAGGAUCUGGAGGCGUAUCGUCAGCUUCGUCCUCCUCGUCUGCUACUAGCAAUGGUGGUCAGGGUGGAAGUGCAUUUGCAAAUUCAGCAAGCGCAGCGAAUGCGAACGUGAAUGGGGCAGGUAGUGCGAGCGCGUCUAGUUCUUCGUCGGCUGUGGCAGUUGGAAAAUAAUAAUUUGAUUAUAAUACUUAAGCAGUCUCAUCUUGAGUUAUGCAAUGUGAUCUGUCAAUAAAUAUGUAACCCUUGAACAAAGAA